AUGCCCCCCUACGACGAUUGGAACAAGUUUGACGACGAAGACGAUGAAGAGCUGCAGGAUACUUUGUUCUUUGAAAGCAAGAAAGAUGUUAUACUUUUCUGCAUCGACUGCUCAGAGUCAAUGCUCGCCCUCUAUGAUGACCCAAAUUAUGAGGAUGUGCAAACUUGUCAUCUUUAUGCUGCACUUGAAGCUGCAAUGCAAAUUCAGAAGAAGAAGAUUAUUGUCGGUCCAAACGACUCAGUUGGCAUACUUCUCUUCAACAUCACCAGAAAGUCGGAGCAAGCCCAAAGCCAUGCUUCAGAAAUCAAGAAAAACACGUUCGUUUAUCAACCGAUCACUCCACUGGGUGCGCCCAAGGUUCAGGAGUUGAUACAAUUGCUUGAUGCUGCCCGCGAAGAUCCUAAUGAGUUGACCAAGACGUUUCCGCCCCUGGUAGGAAAGCGAGUUCCUAUGGGGGAUGUAUUCACUAGUUGCAAUUGGGUCUUGCGUGAUGGAGCUCCAAAGACCGCGUCAAAGCGUGUUUUCUUAAUCACGGAUGAGGACGAUCCUCAUGCGGGGCCAGGCAGCAAACAGUUGAUUACUUCUGCCCGUACCACUUUGAUUGACUUAACACAAGCAGGUGUCACGGUUGAACCUUUCUUCAUCAGCACUGAAAACAAACCUUUCCACGUCUCCAAAUUUUACUCGUCUGUUCUCCUUCCGAGUAAUCUUAAUGACGAAGAUGAGCUACAAGAGGAUUCCUCCGUCUUGCCAGAGUCCAUUUCUAUCUCUCGAAUUGAAGAUUUAUUGGCCCAGAUGCGCUUUCACGAGGUCCCCAAGCGUGCUCAAUACAGUGUCCCAUUACAAUUAGGUGAAGGAUUCACGAUUGGCGUAAAGGGCUACGGACUUGUCACGGAACAAAAGAAAGGGGCGUAUAAAUAUUUUGUCGACCUUGGAGACCGAAUGGAAGUCGCCACUGUCAAAACAACAUACAUUGACGAGGACCAAGAAGCCGAAGUCGACAAAGCAAAGAUAUUUUACGGCCCCGCAUUGGGUGCAGCAGCAGCCAAUGACGAUGAGGACAAUCAAGACGCAGACGACGGGUUUGGUACCCGGGCUGUGAAAUAUGGAAAUCGCCCAUUCUACACUGCGGAGGAAAUCAGAUCAUUUCGAACCUUGGGUCUUGAGCCUGGCAUCAAACUCCUUGGGUUCAAAGACCGCACCGAGUUGGCCUUCGAGGACAAUAUCAAGCAUUCCCAGUUUAUUUAUCCUGACGAGAUGUCAUAUUCUGGAAGCAAGCGCACUUUCAGCGCGCUACUCAAGAGCAUGAUUAAGAAAGAGAAGAUUGGACUUGCUCUAGCGCUAACUAGGCGGAAUUCAUCGCCUAUUUUCUGCUACCUACUGCCACAAGAAGAGAAAGUAGACGACAGCGGAUGGAGUGAACCUGCGGGGUUUCAUAUCAUUCCGCUUCCCUUCGCCGACGACAUCCGCUCAGCUCCAAUAGAAGAAGGUUUUCGAGCGUCGGAGGACCUCAAAGAUUACGCCCGUGCGUGGAUUGACAAGCUUUCAGUGAAGAAUGGAACAUAUCCACCAGAUUCAUAUCCCAAUCCCGCCCUUGCGUAUCAUAACGCACAACUUCAAGCAAGCGCAUUCCGCGAGCAGUACGACCCCGACUCUUUCGAAGAUUUGACAGCGCCGAAACUCGAGAUGAUCCACAAGCGUGCGGGAAAUCUACUGGGCGAAUGGAAAUCUGCAGUCAACAAUGACGAGUCAGCUAAUGUUACUGUUGCGACCACUGGAUCUAAACGUAAAGCGGACGUUACUGUCGAUGAGGCCGAGAUUCGCAGCAAGUAUGACGCCGGCGCCCUUGCAAAGUUACGCGUAGAUCAACUCAAAGAAUUCCUCAAAGCAAAAGGCCAAGCAGUCUCCGGGAAAAAGGCCGAAUUGAUGGAGCGCGUCGCGGAAUGGUUUGAUGCACAUUGA